UGUGUGUCUGCGCGCGCGUGUGUCCGUGGGUGGGAGAUGAAUUGGAAUCAUACAACUGGGUGUUUCCUUCCGAGUGGUUUUGAUCAGCCAUCCAUUAGGAGAUCAUGGAAACUUUUUUUUUUUUUUUUUUUUUUCUGACUAAAAGGAUGAAAACUGAGUAAGUAUAGAGAACUUUGAACUUGAAACGGAAUGAAACAAAUACAAGCCAAAUCCUGCGGAUGAUAACCAUGUCCAUUCAGACCGUGUAUUCCCUUUUUCUGAUAAAAGCCGUGAAGGCUUAGAGGAAAGUGGCAAUUUAAAACGGAAUGAAGGGAAACAGUUACGAAACAUGAAAGACUGAAAGCAGGACUGCUUUAAAACCGGAGGAAAAAUGAGGAACUGUUAAGGCGAGUUGGCCUGCGUCCAGCUGUGCAACAGGCACUUUGGUUUAAACCUAUUGCGUUCUCCAGGGCUGUUUUUAGCCUCCAGAUUUACUUUGGUGUUGUUUCUCUUUUCUGUGAAGCUUUUACUGUGAGCUUAAGGAUGUUGUGAAAAAUAAGACAUUACCAGAAGCAACAGUUUGGCAGCCUGGGGUACGCUCAGGUUAUUAGUUACAACUAUUAUUAUUAUUUUGAUUUUUUUUUUUUUUAAACCAAGGCCGGCCACUUUUUACUGUCCUCCAUGGAACGGCUCUUACUAACCGCCUCAGACUUUGGGGAUCUAUGAUUCUCUGGCAGGACGCUUCGGAAAGUUUUUUAAGUGGAGAUGGAGCUGUCUUGAUGUGAUUUAAAGUUGUGGAAAAAGAAGACAGUUUGGUCUUUUUCAUGCUGACAAAAAAUAGCUGCUGUGACUUUUCCGGCAACGUGGACAGGGGCCAAGUGAAGCUAAACUGGUCAUGGUCUGUCGUCCAGUGUUCUGUCGUCGGUGGUUUUGCCCCCGGCCCUUCUUGGUGGGCCUGGUGGUGGCAAUCUGUCUCUCCUACCAGACUCUGACACUCCGGGGGACAAAGAAACUUGCAGCUGCUGGCCCCAGGGCUACCCCAAACACACCCACCAAAACCCAAGCAAGCAGAUGCACCAAAGGAUUCUUCCCGGACAAGCAGUGCUUCCUUCUCUCUGACAAUGGACAGGAAAUCGGAAAGAUCGAAGAGUCAGUUGAGACCCACUUCAGCAGCCGUGGCAGAAGGGCUGUUCUCUACAGGCCUUCUUCCUCCAGCCAAAGGGAGCUUCAGCUCCACCAGAGCAUUCUCACUCAGCAUCAGUAUAUGGUUGUCAUCUCUGAAGAAAGCCUCGGCGCCGACCCUGGGCUCCUAGAAAAAGGUGAGUUGGACUCUUGGGAUCUGCUUAUUUGCCUGUCUUCUAGGACAGCUGGUGGAAAACCCUGCAUAUCAAAGGAAGACAUGUGCCAGUUAAAUUUACAUCAAAAGGUAAACAUAUUACCAGAAAUACAGCAUCAGCUUUGCAGAAAGGAAGGAUUAUGUCAACUCAUUAAAAGAUUUCCAGAAUUGCGACUUCUGGUGAGCCCUUCUGUGUGUCUGGAUCAGAGUAUACAAUUAAAGCUGAGGACUUCAAGUCACCUUUUAAAAACACUGAAGUCGCAUAUGUGGAAACCAGAGGACUGGAGACGUGAACAGCUGAAUCAAACCACAGCCCUUGCUCCACAAGAAACACUCUUGAGAGCCAAAGAUUUAUCUGUAAUUCUUAAAGCAUAUGUACUGGUGACAUCCUUAACUCCUCUGCGUGCAUUCAUUCAUUCGACUGGCACAGUUUGGAAUCCACCAAAGAAAAAACGCUUCACUGUCAAGCUGCAAACAUUUUUUGAGACAUUCCUGAGAGCCAGUUCACCUCUUCAGGCUUUUGAUAACAUGAAGGAAGCCAUUAGCAAACUCCUACUAGCAGCUGAAGUCUUCAGUGAAACAGCUACUCUGGGACCAAAGAUCUUCCAAAGAUGCAGAUUAUGUUUUCAACUUUUAACCUUUGAUAUUGGUUACGGCAGUGUCGGGUCCCCUGUAGUACUUCAGGUGCAUGAGCAUUUAAAUGUUCAAGAUGAUGAUGAUAUGGAUUUUGAGGACCAAAACACAGAAGAAUUUCUUUUAAAGGAUACUUUCAACUUUCUCCUGUCUAAUGAAUCUUCCCUUUCCAUAUUUUCUGAGAUAUUUCAGAGACUUUAUAGAUCAGCUGUAGUUAAGGGUGAAAAUUAUCAAAAAGAACUAAAUCGGUGCCUGUCUUUAGAGGAGAUUAACUCAAUUAUGACUUUUAUAAAGGAACUCGGGAGUUUGGGACAAUUCCAACUGCUCUUCCCAUCUACUACUCCUGGAUUUCAAUCUCUGAUUCAUGAAUUUUAUGGUAUGGCAAGUCCUAUGGGAAAACCUGGUUCCAUCUUGACUCAAUACCAGUCUCUUUUAAGUGUAUUUGAACAAUUUCAGCUCCUGAAUAAAAAGGCAGAGCUACACCCGCUGGAAUGGAAUUCUUUCACAGAGGAUGGAAACAUUAAAAAGCCACGAGUACCAUUUGAUGCAAUUGAAAAUAAAAAAGCUGUGGUUCCACAAAUUAUGAAUGAAACCAAAGAAAUACAUUGCCAUAAUGAUAAAGAUGCACAAUGUCAUAUCAAGCAGAUCUUCACACAUCCACGUUUGGAACUAAAUCCUGAAUUUAACCCGAAGAUCAAAGAUUAUUACUCUGAAGUCCCAUUUGAUGUGGUUACAGUGACCAUCGGAGCAGAGGCUUCUAAGUGUCAGUGCAAGGUGUACCUGCAGGAACGGGCAGGACCAAGCUUUGCCAACUAUCCUCUGGGUUUAGGGAUGAACAAAAUCUCAGUGCUUGUGGUGGAUGAAUCUCCAACUCAGGGUGAGACCCUGACCAUGUACAAACUCACCAUCUAUAGAGAAGACCGUCCAAGUCUGCCCUUGUUUGAGGACUUCACAGCAUGCGGAUUUGUGCAGGAUUGUGGUUUGCUGAUUCAGCCAGAGGAAACCUGUGGGUUACAGCCUAUUUCCUCUGACUACAUUGAAGCCAUUUCACAGCCCGAACUAAAGACUUGUCCAUCUGGGGAUACAAAAGGCCAAUGGAUCGUGCCUUGCCUUAGUUGUUCAGACAACAGGACCUGUGACUGGAGAGAAGUCACUUGGCAGCCCCACCACUGCCAAUACGGUGUCCUGACCAAGCCUCAACUCCAGCAGUGCCUGGGAGGAAGGAAGAUUCUUUUCAUUGGAGAUUCAACCAACAGAGGGAUAAUGUACUAUCUGAUUGAAAGAUUGAAUGAAACCCUGAAGGAAUGGCAGAAGGUGCAUGGCACUAAAUUCUACCACAAUGUCAAUGGAGGGAAGACCUUGAUCAGUUACUCCUACUAUCCCCAGUUUUGGAUGAGCCCUUCAUUGAGACCAACAUUUGAAAAAGCCCUUGAACAUCUCUUGCAAAGAUCACGUCCCCUGGAGAAUACCAGUCAGACUGUAUUGGUUGUUGGUGGUGUUCAGUGGCUUAAUUCCAAUCAUCUGCAAAUUAUUCACAAGGUUUUAAAGAGGGAAAACUUACUCAAUAUCCUUGUGAUCAUCAAAACGUUGGGAAUUGGAUUUCAUUUGCCAGUGGAUGGAGUACACUUCUUAACACAGAGUGAAGUUCAGAAUUUAUGGAAAAAAAAUUUGAUUAUCCUGGAAGCUGCUAAAAAAUAUGGCUAUGAAGUGGUUGACACAUUCUCUAUAACCAUGGGGCGACACAAAGAGUUUUUGCAGGGGACGUGCGGGUGUCAUUUCCAUGAGGUGGUGAAAUCAAAAUUAUCCAAAGAAGAUCACUUUCUUAAAAUGAAACAAUCAAGAAAUCAUAUUGUGGGAAAAUAUUUCAGCAAUCAAAGCAAAUUACAACAAAGACGACAAGACUCUAUGACAAACGUUCAAUCACCGUUUCAUGUCAGAGGUCCAAUUAAUCAGGUUUGCUCUGAAAUCCUUCUCAGCAGGAUGUGUGCCAGUGAAAGAACUGUGGAGGCCCUGCAGAAGGACUGAACUUGGAAUUGGCUACAAGCCACUCCCCCGGACAAUGGUCUAAGAGCCAGAUCCUGGUCAUCAGGUGUAUUUUGGUUCUACCACACACACUCAGGCGCAUGGGCACACACAUACACACUGAUGCACAUUUAGCUAAAAAAAAAGUCAUUACACUUUUUUCUACAGCUUUAUAAAAUCAGGAUGUGCACUUGGAAAUCAGUUGGUUUCAAGAUGAAAGACAGAACUAGAAAAAGGUGACCUGAAAUAUAAUCAUAAACUAGAUCCACUGCAGGCCGGUAUUGCACUGUGAUGAUAAAGAGAAAUAUAGACAUUUGAUAAGUGGGGGAUAAGAUCAUGUUCUUGAGUAUUGUGUUAUCAUCUUUAAUGGUACCUUAAUAUUGAAAACGGUUUGAGGAAUUACAUUUUACCUGCCAGCUGGGAUUGUGCUGUGCUUCCCCUUACCAGGAGAAAAUGUGGCAUAGAUGAGGGUUUAGGCUUUGUGAAUCUGAUGCUUAUGAAAACAGUUUCUUCCUAGAUUUUUAAAUCCUUUAACUGAAAGGAAAAGAACAGGAAUGUUCCUCCAGGGAAUUCUAAGAGAUUCUAUGAAAGAAAUAGGAAGUAUAAUAUUUUACAGUUAAAACACCAAUGUAUUUAACUUUGCACUCUUUCUACUUUUCAUAAACAUUCCCUCCUAGCCUGUCCAUGAACUUGGAUGGGUAACUGAAGUCUGAGUUGAUUAAGUAUGUAAUAUUAAAGUGAGAAAAACAAGAUAAUAGUUCCUUAUGGGUUACUUUAUUAUGUUUCAUUGAUGAUAUUACUUAAGAAAAAAGCUUUUGUUUGCUAUUAGAGCCCUAUAUAAUUUAAGACUGUGAUUAUAUUAAUAUUUUAUGUAAAUAUUUUGCAAAGUAUUAAGCGUUCUCAACUGCAUAGGCAUUUAUAUCCAGAAAGCAUUCAUAUAUGUCCACAAAUACUACUAUGUUGCUAGUAAACAUAUUUUGAUUUUCUUGAGAGAGUGUAUCUAAUCCAAAUUUAGAAUAGACAUACAAUUAGUUUUUAUAAAACUGUAGCAUAUAUAUAUAGCAUAUCGAAUCCUAGUAAUUGAAAACUUUCUCUUCUAUAUUUUAAAAUGGUAAAUUUCUUUAUUGUGCAAAAGCUUUGUUGUGAGAUAACAUCUCACAGUUACAAUGACUCUUAAAGGAUUAUUUUUCUUUUGGGGAAAAAAUACUGAGAGGGCUAAUUCAGUGCUUAGCUGAAAUUACCAAACGCACAAAUACCUCAAUUCCAACACUAUACCAAAAACAAAUCUAUUUUGAUUCAUCAGUUCCUUAGUAUGAAUAUAAACUUCCUUUAAAUACUCUAUUUUUAUAUAUAUUUUUAUAUGAAAGUAAACAUAAAUUUAUAUUUAACGGUCUUAAAUUAUAUCAAAGCACAAAUAUCACUUGAUAUAAACAAUUAAUACCUGUGUCUAAAAACAGGUGAUAAAUUUUUUAAAUGAGCGGUACAGAAUUAACUUUUAAAAUGAAAUAUUUUCUAGUAUCUACAGCUAUGUGUAAGCAUCAUUUUUUGGUUUUGAGUGCUUUUUUAAUGAUAUAAAAUGUUGCCAAUUCAUGUAGCUCCUCCAUCCUGUUUUAAUGUAUUACAUAUUCUGUAACAGAAUUAUAGUCAGUGGAUGUUUCUUAGAAUUUACUGCCAACCUAACUGUAAUACACUUCUGACCGAAGUUAGCUUUGCAUUGAUCUCUUUACCAUUGAAAUAGUAGUGGAUUUUAGAAACAACUGUAAUAAUACAAUUAAUAAAUGUCUUACUAGUGAUAA